AUGAAGACUUACAUCAUAUUACUUUUCGUGGCAGCUUCAGCUCUGGCCGACCCGGAACCGUCUAAAGUUGUCCAGAAGCGAAGCGGGCUCGUUGGCCACUAUGGCGUUAGUGCACCUCUUUUAGGCCACAGCGUAGGGCUGGGUCAUGGCCUGUCAAUUGGCCAUGGACAUCUUGAAGCGGCUCCAUUGUCACUCGGUCAUGGCCACAUUGGAGGACCUAUAGGAUACAGCGCAGGAUAUAGCACAGGACCAUACGGCCCAGCGGGAGCUUUUGGCUCAGUUGUAUCUGGACCUGUUGGCCCAGCAAUUUCUGGGGCCAUUGUGGGUGCUAAUGUCCAUACAACGGUGACCAAGCAUGUUGGUGUUCCAGUGCCAGCACCAUACCCUGUUGCUGUUGAUAGGCCAGUGCCUGUACCUUACAAAGUUGCUGUGCCAGUCCCUGUAGACCGUCCCUACGCCGUUCCAGUACCCAGGCCGUACCCUGUGACCGUAGAGAAGCACGUCGCCGUACCUGUUGACAGACCUUACCCCGUCCCCGUACCUCAUGCUGUGCCUUAUCCUGUUAUUAAACAAGUUGGAGUGCCAGUACCUCAUCCCUACCCAGUAGCCGUACCAAAACCAGUGGCCGUACCAGUAGCGGUCAAAUCAGUUGUCAGUGCACCCCUAGUACAUAGCGUUCAUUCCCAUGGCAUACAUUCCAAAUACGGUUGGUAA